AUGACGGUCAAUUUCGCAAUCUUGGAUGACUACCAGGGUAUUGCACCCGCAUACUUUGAGCACCUUAAACCGCGCGUCAAAAUCUCCAGCUUCCCCGAGACCCUCGACCCCCGCAUUCCAGCCCAGCGCGAUGCCCUCGUUCAGCGACUGUUGAACUUUGAUGUGAUUCUGGCAAUGCGCGAGCGGACACCCUUCUCCGCCGAAACCAUUGCCGCCCUCCCUCAUCUGAAACUCCUGUUAACAACCGGUACUCGCAACCUGGCGUUAGACCUGGAGGCAUUCACGCGGGCCAAUGUUGCCGUGGCAGGCACUGAGGGUCGACCGCCCGGUGUCAAUUCGACCGUGCAGCACACUUGGGCGUUGAUACUGGGUUUGGCGCGGAAUCUGGCCCGCGAUGACGCAGCCGUCAAGCGCGGGGCAUGGCAAGGGUCCCUUGGUGUCAAUCUAUCGGGGAAAACACUGGGACUGCUGGGCUUGGGCAAACUCGGAUCGCAAGUGGGGAAUAUUGCACACCUGGCGUUUGGAAUGAAGGUCUUGGCCUGGUCGACCAACUUGACCCAGGAAAAGGCCGACGAGCAAGCUCAAGCUCAAGGUUUACCUGCUGGUACCUUCGUUGUCGCUGCAUCCAAACAGGAAUUUUUCCAGCAGGCCGAUAUUGUCAGUGUCCACAGUGUACUCUCUGAUCGGAGCCGUGGCAUUGUUAGUACAGCCGAACUGGAGAGUAUGCGACCAUCGUCGUUCCUCAUCAACACUUCUCGCGGGCCUUUGAUCGACGAGAAGGCACUCCUUGAAGCCUUAAAUGCAGGUCGUAUUCGUGGCGCCGCAUUAGAUGUCUUCGACCCAGAGCCAUUGCCUCUUGAUAGUCCUUGGCGGACUACCCCCUGGGGCCAGGAUGGGCGCAGUGAAGUGCUACUGACCCCUCACAUGGGAUACGGGGAGGAGGAUCUAUUGCGCGGAUGGUAUCGCGAAACAGCGGAAAACCUGGAGCGGUGGCUUAGUGGGGAAGAGCUGCUCCGGAAGAUGAACUAG